AUGGACAUACAGAUGGCAAGUUUUCACUGUGCAGAUGACUUUUCAAGACAGUAUAUUUUGACCAAGCUUUCCAUUUGUCAAUUUGCUCUCCCACUUUUGGUGCCAAAUCCUUGCAAUUGCCAAAUUGAAUUCCCUCUUUGGUCUCUGAGGCAAAUCAGGAGAAGCUGGAGAGAGAGAGAUUGUAAGGAAGCCAAAGAAAAGGCAGAGGCUCUAAUGACUGUAUUGAGAGAAACGGAAAUACAUCAGGUCAAGAAAAACUUACUACCUCUUCAGGGAAAACUGUGGCAACGUUGGUGUGAAAAGGACAGAGAACUCUAUCAUCUUAGAGAAAAGGGGAAUCGCAGCAUUGAACAACAUAAAAGUGAGACUGAGACAGAGAAACAAAUGAUAAGACAGGAACAGUUGAAAAAAGCUUUUCCUCUCAAUGCUUUAAUGCGUUCUGUCCUUGAAAUCCUCCAAAAUCAUUCAGAAACUCACACCAAACUCUACUUCCUCCAAUGGCUGAAAGUAGCUUUGGACAACCUGACUGCAGGACACUUGGAAAAUCUAAAUGAGAAGAAAAAGGCAUUGGUUCAAAAAGAAAAGCAAGAGGCCACAAAGAGUAGCUCUGUGAAAGACUGGCAAAAGAGGAUAGAAGCUGUUUCCAGAGAGAUUAAUGACUGUACCUUGGGAAUUGAGCACAUUCUCAGAGAAACUGGCCAGAUCUAUGAAGCUCUGGAAGAAGAUUCAUCCAUGGAAAAUACUCUAUUUCUCUCCCUUCCCCACAUUGCUGCAGAUCUGAUGAUAUCUGGUGUUCCCAUUGAGCUGAUGGAUGGGGAUGUUUCAUAUGUGCCCCUGAGGUGGGUGGCAGCUGUUUUUGACAAGCUCUCUGAGAAACUUGGAGACAAGAGGCUCUUUGUUCUCUCUGUCCUUGGCCUGCAGAGUUCAGGGAAGUCCACUCUGCUGAAUGCCCUUUUUGGGCUGCAGUUCACUGUCAGUGCUGGGAGGUGUACCCGGGGGGCCUACAUGCAGCUUCUGAAAGUGGAGGAGACAUUCACAGCUGAACUUGGCUUUGACUUUGUGCUUGUUGUGGACACAGAAGGACUUCGAGCCCCAGAACUCAGCAACAAGUCCCAGAAUCAUGACAAUGAGUUGGCAACCUUUGUCAUCGGACUUGGAAACUUGACUCUGAUCAAUAUUAUGGGUGAGAAUCCAUCAGAAAUGCAAGAUAUUCUACAAAUAGUUGUCCAAGCUUUUCUGAGGAUGAAACAAGUAAAAAUCUCUCCCAGUUGCCUCUUUGUCCAUCAGAAUGUGGGGGAAGUUACAGCUAAAGAAGAAACUAUGGAUGGAAGAAGCAGGCUUGAGGAGAGAUUGGACAAAAUGGCCGCAUUAGCAGCUGAAGAAGAGCAGUGCUCCGACGUAACCUGCUUUAGAGAUGUCAUAAAGUUUGACGUCAAUACCCAUGUGUACUACUUUGCUCACCUCUGGGAUGGCAAUCCCCCAAUGGCCCCUCCCAAUCCUCGCUACAGCCACAAUGUCCAGGAACUAAAAAGCAGAAUUCUUGUGGCUGCCCAACAGGAAUCUAGGGGAAGCAUCAUGAAGAUAUCAGAUGUAAGAUUACGAGUUCAAGAUUUGUGGAGAGCCCUGUUGACUGAGAAUUUUAUUUUCAGUUUCAGGAAUACUGAAGAGGCCAUGGCCAUGAGCAAACUGGAAACCAAGUAUAAUUACUGGACAUGGGAGCUGAGGAGUCUCGUUCGGAGCUUACAGGACGAGCUGAUCAUCCAGAUUCAGAAUGGAAAAAUUCAGACACUGGUAACACACACACUGGAGGAUCCAGUUAGAGAGAAAUAUGAAGGCAUCAAACAAGAACUUGAAAAAUGUUUUAAUGACGAUCCAGAUAUUCAAAAAUUGAUACAGUGGAAAGGGAAUUUUGAAAAUAAGCUAAAUUACCUUAAAGAGGCACUAAUUACAGAGAGUGCAAGAAAAGCUGAAGAACUCAUUAACUUUAAAAAAAAUCAAGAAAAAGUGGAUAAGAAAAAGUCAGAUUAUGAAAAGGAAUUAUUGGAAAAGAGCCAGAAUUUGGCUUUAUCACUCAAUGGCACCGAAUUGAGUGAGGAAGAGCUCCAUGAGAAAUUCAACCUACUUUGGGAAAAAUGGGUCUAUGAUGUCUCCUCAAGUCUCCCUCCAGUCACAGACCCUGAAAUUGAAGUGGAUUCUGAAAACAUCCUUUUGGACUAUUUCAAAAAGGAAAAAGACAUGGUAAACAUACUGAAGAACUAUUCUGGAGAAAAGUUUGAAAUUGACUAUGACAAACAUGUUAAGAUGAAGAGGAAUUAUUGGGGACUCUCUACAAUGAAAAUAGAGCCCCAGGAUAAACACUCCAUAAAUAUGACUACUGACUGCAUUAUUUCAAAAGUUAAUGAAAUUGUUAACAAAAUAUCUCAGCAAAAGCAUGAUUACAAUCCAACUUAUUUCCAUGAAAUCCUGAUAAUAAUAGAUGAGGAGGUGAAGUCUGCGCCCACUCAGAAAAGAUACACAUUUACAAGAAGAUAUGAAAUAGACUUGUCAUUGUGUCUUUUCCGAAGAGCAUCAGUGAAGUUUAAGGAGAUGCACAAGGCAUUCAAGAGGGCAAAUGAUCCUGUAAACUAUCUGCAAAGCAAGAAAGAUGAUUUCUUCAUGAGCUUUAAGAUCUCUUGUCAAGGAGCAACUUCAAUUAAAACAUUUGUUGAUUUUCUGUGGAACAAACUCACACCUGCUGUCUCCAGCACCAUAAGGAAAAACAUGGCCCUCAAAAUUGCUGGGGACAUUCGAACCACCUGCCGUGCAUUCAAUGAAAACAGAGCUAACCUGGAGAAACACAUUCUCAUCUCUCUGGCAGAAGAGGAAAAUUUUGACAACUACUGGCAGUACCUUCAUCAUCCAGAAUCAUUUUUUAAGAAUUACAUUGAAAAGCAUGUUAAAACAUAUUUUUCUGACAGAGGAAGUAAAAAAAUAAAGACUUUUCUACAAAUGAGUUUAGAUGACAUCAAGAAUGCUAUCCUCUCAGCUAUACAAGAAUCUACAGAAAAAGCCAAAGGUAAAAGCAGCACAGUGUCUGGGUGGCUAGAUUUGUUCUGUGAUGACCUGGGGAGUACCUUGAUCUUUCCACGAAAAGACUUGAUAAGCAUUGAACACCAGGAGAUAAAAGAUAUCAAGUUUCUCAAAGAGGCCAUGAGUAAAGCUUUGGAUCCUGAAAUGAAGAAGGCAGAGCAGAAAUGUUUGUUUAGACUUGUAGAAGAAGUGAUUCCUGAAAUCCAGACAAUGCUCUCUGAACAUCUCUGUGGCUGCUGGAAACAGUGUCCCUUCUGUAAAGCAAUUUGUACGAACACAAUCCCUACCCACGAGGGAGACCACAGUGUUCCCUUCCACCGUCCAGAGGCUCUCAGUGGAUGCUCGUGGUAUCAAACAGACAAUUUUUCCAUUGACUACUGUACUAGUUCAGUAGCAAGUGAUUGCAUUUUUAUUUUGGAUGAUGGCAGGAGAAUCCCAUUUAAGACCUAUCGAGAAGCAGGAGGGGAGUAUGCCACGUGGAGCAUCACCCCAGACACAUCCACCCAGCCAUACUGGAAAUGGUUUGUCUGUCACUUCAGAUCAAAGCUAGAAGAAAAAUAUUACAAAAAGUUUAUCAAUAAAGGUGAAAUUCCUGAUGCCUGGAAGAAAAUCACAAAGCAGGAUGUGCUUGAUGACUUGAAAACAAAGUAA